AAUUGUGCUCUAAAGUGAUUAAUAAUAGUGAAUUCAAAAUGGCAGAUACUGUAGCUACGUCUCCUGCAAUCGUUGCGGAAAAAAAACCAAAAAAAGCUGCCGCCGCAAGUGGGUCAAAAAAACCAAAAUCGGCACCAACUCAUCCUCCGACUCAGCAAAUGGUGGAUGCGGCAAUUAAAACAUUGAAAGAUCGCGGUGGUUCUUCCCUUUUGGCAAUCAAAAAAUAUAUUGCUGCUACUUACAAAGUUGAUGUACAAAAACUUGCUCCGUUUAUAAAAAAAUAUUUAAAAGGUGCUGUAAUAAGUGGUAAAUUAGUGCAAACCAAAGGAAAAGGAGCUGCGGGUUCUUUUAAAUUGUCGCCUAGUGCCAACAAGGAACCAAAGGCCAAGUCUGCUGAGAAGAAAAAAUCUGCCGCCAAACCAAAAGCUGCCGCUGCUGGUGACAAAAAAUUAAAAAAAGUGUCUGGUGAAAAGAAAGUAAAAAAAGUAGCCGCCACAACAAAAAAAAGUGCCAGUGCAGAUAAAAAGAAGGUGGAAAAACCAAAAGUAAAAAGUGUUAAAAAAACGAGUGCAGUUAAGGCAAAGCCAACAAAAGCAAAGGCAGCCGCGCCUAAACCUAAAGUGCCAAAAGCAAAAUCAGCCACAGCAGCAGCCAAGCCAAAAAAGGCAGUCGCUGUUAAAAAGGCAAAGAAGUAAAAUUUCCAUUUCAAUGAAAAACAAAGUUGAA